CUGCACUCCCGGUGGGGCUGCGGUUGCGGCUGGUGCACUUCCAGCUUCUGAGGGGAGGAGGUUGAGGCCUGGGCCAAGCCCGGAGCCGCUGCUCGCCGGAGCCUCCUGGAGCCCCCGCGCCCGCUCAGCCUGGGGGCGGGCUCAGGCCCGGCCCGCCGCCGAACCCAGGACGGAGGCUGCAUGCCCGAGGACCAGACCGGCUCAGCCAUGGAGGAGGCGUCUCCAUAUUCCUUACUUGAUAUCUGCUUGAAUUUCCUGACUACUCACCUCGAGAAGUUCUGUUCAGCAAGACAAGAUGGAACAUUGUGUCUGCAGGAACCUGGAGUAUUUCCACAGGAGGUGGCUGAUCGACUCCUUCAGACUAUGGCUUUUCAUGGUCUCCUGAAUGAUGGAACUGUAGGUAUUUUUAGGGGCAACCAGAUGCGCUUAAAGCGAGCUUGCAUUCGCAAAGCCAAGAUCUCUGCUGUUGCUUUCCGGAAAGCUUUCUGCCACCACAAGUUAGUGGAACUUGAUGCCACAGGUGUGAAUGCUGACAUCACAAUUACAGACAUCAUCAGUGGGCUUGGCAGUAACAAGUGGAUCCAGCAAAAUCUCCAGUGCCUAGUGCUGAAUUCAUUAACUCUUUCCCUUGAAGAUCCUUAUGAGCGGUGCUUCAGCCAGCUUUCUGGCCUUCGGGCAUUAAGCAUCACCAAUGUCCUCUUUUACAAUGAAGACCUGGCUGAAGUUGCCUCUUUGCCACGAUUAGAGAGCCUGGAUAUUUCUAAUACCUCCAUCACAGACAUCACAGCUCUGCUGGCCUGCAAAGAUCGACUCAAGUCUCUAACCAUGCACCACUUGAAAUGUUUAAAAAUGACAACUACCCAGAUACUGGAUGUUGUUCGGGAAGUAAAACAUCUGAAUCAUCUUGAUAUUUCAGAUGAUAAACAGUUCACAUCAGACAUAGCUCUUCGUUUAUUAGAACAAAAGGACAUCCUACCCAACCUGGUCUCCCUAGAUGUUUCUGGGAGAAAGCACGUGACAGAUAAAGCUGUUGAAGCCUUUAUACAACAGCGGCCCAGCAUGCAGUUUGUAGGUUUGCUGGCCACUGAUGCUGGUUAUUCUGAAUUCCUCACAGGCGAAGGAUAUUUGAAGGUAUCUGGAGAAGCCAAUGAAACUCAGAUUGCGGAAGCAUUGAAGCGGUACAGUGAACGGGCAUUCUUUGUCCGGGAAGCUCUAUUUCACCUUUUUAGCCUGACUCAUGUGAUGGAAAAAACAAAGCCAGAAAUUUUAAAGCUUGUGGUUACUGGGAUGAGAAAUCACCCUAUGAAUUUGCCAGUGCAACUUGCUGCAAGCGCUUGUGUAUUUAACUUAACCAAGCAGGAUCUUGCUGCAGGAAUGCCUGUCCGACUCCUGGCUGAUGUGACCCAUUUACUACUUAAAGCCAUGGAACAUUUUCCCAAUCACCAGCAGUUACAGAAGAAUUGCCUCCUUUCACUUUGCAGUGACCGAAUCCUUCAGGAUGUUCCAUUUAACAGGUUUGAAGCAGCCAAACUUGUCAUGCAGUGGCUCUGCAACCAUGAGGAUCAAAACAUGCAAAGGAUGGCGGUUGCUAUCAUUUCCAUCCUCGCUGCCAAGCUUUCUACAGAACAAACUGCACAGCUUGGUGCUGAGCUCUUCAUUGUUAGGGAAAUUGCCAAGAUGACCAACACAGAGGGAAAGAGGAGAGGCACCUGCUAUAUGUUUUCUAGACCUUGUAACAUGGAAUCUACAAGAAAGCAACUUCUUCAAAUAGUGAAGCAGAAAACCAAUCAAAAUUCAGUGGACACUACUUUGAAGUUUACUUUGAGUGCACUUUGGAACCUCACAGAUGAAUCUCCAACCACUUGCAGACACUUUAUUGAAAACCAAGGGUUAGAACUCUUCAUGAGGGUUCUAGAGUCUUUCCCAACUGAGUCAUCCAUUCAACAGAAAGUCCUAGGACUUUUGAACAAUAUAGCUGAAGUACAAGAAUUACAUUCUGAAUUAAUGUGGAAAGAUUUUAUAGACCACAUCAGUAGCCUCCUACAUAGUGUUGAAGUGGAAGUCAGCUAUUUUGCAGCUGGAAUUAUCGCGCAUUUAAUAUCUAGAGGUGAACAAGCUUGGACAUUGAGCCGUAGCCAGAGGAAUUCUCUUCUGGAUGAUUUGCAUUCAGCUAUUUUGAAAUGGCCAACUCCAGAGUGUGAGAUGGUAGCAUACAGGUCCUUCAAUCCAUUUUUCCCACUACUUGGCUGUUUCACAACACCAGGAGUCCAGCUGUGGGCAGUUUGGGCCAUGCAACAUGUCUGCAGCAAGAAUCCCUCAAGGUAUUGCAGCAUGCUGAUUGAGGAAGGAGGUUUGCAGCAUUUAUACAACAUCAAAGAACAUGAUCAAACUGAUCCCCAUGUCCAGCAGAUUGCUGUGGCCAUUCUGGAUAGCUUAGAAAAACACAUUGUACGCCAUGGGAGACCACCUCCCUGUAAAAAGCAGCCCCAGGCCAGACUAAAUUGAUGGCCAUAGGUGAAUGGAUCAUGAAUCACAUCUGUCCUUCCUGUGACAGGUUCAUCUGGAACACCUUUCCCUCUGUGAUAUAUUGGGGGUUUCUAUGACAAGAGUCAUACAGUCAUUUUGGGAUUGACAAUGUACAGUACUGCCCAUGUGAACAGUCUCUAAUUUGUCUUAUAAUUUUUAACUUAUGAGGCAAGAAGGGUCUUCCUUUACAUUGCCUUUUAGGAAAUUUUCCACAUCUUUCAGUGUUUGAACUUACUUCUGCUUGAAAUUCUACAGUUUUAUGAUAAAGUUUGCAUGAAUCCUUAGGCUAGACUUUUCUGAUCUUAAAGUCCCUUCCAAUCAACUUGCAGCUUCAGAUAAGCUGUUAACCUGAUUUCUGGCAUUUCUUCAGUUGUAAAUUUUAUACUGCUUCUGUAUUAAACACCUUUAUUCUCUGUCUCUGUAUCUUUUAUAAGAUAUCCUUCUUGGUGUGGAAAGAGUGUCAUCUGAGUUCUUUGUAAAAAAGCUACUCACUGGCUGGAGCCUGGAUAGCUGGCAGAAAAAUAUAUUAAAAACUAUUAAGUAUUAAAACUUAAAAGAAAAGGUUUUUAACUUGGGACAAGCUGUCCUUCUGGAGCCCACAGCUCCUGAGGCAGUGAGCAGUAGCUUAUUAUUCAAACUAUUGCCUGGAAGCGUGGGCUGCUGCUUCCUACAGACUGCUGGUGACUCUUUGGAAAUACUUCCCCAAGCAUCACAGUGUAAAACAUUACAGCAUUCUCUGUUAAAGAUUAACUGUCUAAAUCUCUAUAUUUCAUAUUGUUGUGAAAAUGUGAAUUUUUAAAAAAUUGUCUUGUUAAAACUAACCAUUCUUUUCCCUCUAUUUCAAAGUUAUUUUGUUCAGUGGAAUAGAGACUACACAUGGUGUUAUCUACUCAGUGAAAAUACAAUUGACAACAGUAAAUUUUCCAUGAGAAGUUAAAUUUUCUUUUGCUAUAAAAUACAUGUAUCUUAAUGUUUUCAUGUUGGAAAAAUGUGUCCUCAUCUCACUGCCAAAAAUGAAUAAGAACUAGACUAUUGUUAAAAUAUAAAGUGUCCAGUUAGAGUGCAUCAAAGGAAAUAUUUUUUGAUGGGUUAGUUUUUAGGCAGUUGUCUUUCCUUUAAGAUACCUGUUACAGUGUAGUGAAGAAUCAGUUACCAUUAUAUCAACAAUAGCAGUUGGGAGGCAGCAAGUUACCAAGAAAACUCCCAUUUUAAAUUUUAGUUUGUGAAUAAGGUUAAUCACAAUCUCACAUGAGUGCAUUGUCUUCAUAGAUAGCCAAAAUGUUUUCAAUAGAGAUUUUAAAUGAUAUGUUUAAAUUAUGGUUAUUAUUCAGGAGCAUUUGUAUUUAGAAAGGAGUUGGCUUAUUAAUAUGCUGAUAACAUUUUGACCUAACACAUUUCACUAUCACAACAAUCAUACUUGAAUUGUUUGGUAUUCCUUUGCAGGGAUGAAAACUUAAACUAUAAGAUAAUAGUUAUUUAGAAACAUUAAAGACCACAUUAAAUUGUGGGUUAAUU